GCUCCAUUGUGGCGAAUUAGCGGGGAUUUUGAUGAGCUUUCUAUCCCUAGGCGACACAUCCCGAACGCCCUUUCGAAACGAGCCCCUGGGUGCCAGGAAUCGCCUCCAUUUAAAAUAUGGCAGGAUGUAAAUUUCGCGAGGCGAGAUAGAGAGAGAGGGCGAGGUGGGACCUACCCCUAUACCUCCUCCCUCAGUCUCUACCCGUCCCCCUCCUCGGUCCUGUAGUGGAGGGUUCCAUCGUAAGCAAAGACUGGGUGUGUGAGGAACUGCCAACCAGGGCGAGUGUCGCUCCGUUCGGCCUCUUAUCCACACACACAGAGUGGCCUGUUUCCAGACCGCUUUUCCAGAGCCUCAUAAGACAUUUUCGAGAGUGGGCCUUCUCGCGGCUCUCCAUCCAUCCAGAAGUGAUCGUGGGAAAGACUUCGUCGCUUUGAACGGCUGCAUUCCCUCGAAUGUGUUGAUUGAUAAUACACUGACCGACAUUCGGUAGUUGUUUAAGCAUUGUGUGAGCAGCCGUGGUUUGUGUGCACGCGGGAUCUCCUCUCGUGGUUCUAUUUUAUUGGUUUUUAUAAAACAAAAUUUUGGAGCAAAGAGUAGAAGGAAAUUUUUAAUGUAUUCCUGCACUAAGUGUCAAUCCAACCACAAGAGGUAAAGUUACGUCAAACUAAAAGUGCUGCACCGUCGCAUAUCGGUGCUCGUGUUUUGAAAACUCCUCUGUUUUCUUUUAUCCGAAGAGGAUAAAAAGAAAAAGAAGAAGAAGAAGAAAAGAAAAAUAAUAAGUAGUAGAAACAUAAGCCAGGAAAGGGAAGAAGUUGGUCUGCUAGGCGCCGGCAUGUUAACCAUGGAGAUUGACACGGGUGUUGGCUAUGCAUCUGAAAGAGACGAAUGUGAACAAAGGCAGCGUCUGUGUGCUAAGCCAGAGCAGCAACGCUCAGAAUCUGCCGGUCAAGUCGGCCAGUAACCUCGUCAGCAACAACAACAACAUCGAUGUGGUUGUGAACAACAACCACAACAACAACAAUAACAACAACAUUACAACCGCCGUUGGCAAGGACUGCCAACCGCUCCUGAUCAUCGACAAAGGCGAAGACGUUGCCUGCGGUGGGGUGGAGGAUGGAAUGAACGACCCCUCACCCACCUCCUCCCUGCCUGACCUCUCUGAAGCCGUAAGUUGCAGCAGCGACCGGAUCCACCACCCCUCCAUAUCCUCCGGAGGGCAGCUCCGCCACCUGAGGUCGUCCUCCAACUGCUCCCUCUCCUCCAUCGACAACGACGAGUCGGACCUCGAGUCGUACAGCUCCUUAGAGGUGGAUAUCUCCAAAGGCGACGCUGCUCAGGACUUCGGCAGGGGCAUCAAGGACAAGGACUCGAGGAGCCUGCUGGACUUCGACGUCCUCGGGUACCGCUCGAGGCGUCCCAGCGCCUCCUCCUGCAGCGGCGGUGGGUGCCAGGACUCGUCCUCCGAGGGCUGCUGGUCGUCCGCCGUCGACUCGAGCGCCUCCUGUUGCCUGCAGCAGCAGCAGCAGGGCGCUGUGGUGGUCGUCCACUGCAACGACCUGAGCCCCGACCACAGUCUUAACUACAACAACAACAACAACAUCAACAACGUCAAUGAGCUGAACGAACGCGGGGGCGCCUUCGUCAAGUCCUUCUACAACAAGCCGAAGUUGCAGCUCAUCACCGAUGUGAGUAACCGGCUCGACGAUGACAACGGAAACGUAGCUGCCGACGGCUGGAGCAACGACGACAAAUCACCAGCAGCAGCAGCAGCAGCAGAAGCAGCAGCAGCAGGAGACCCCUCGUCAUCCUAUGAGUCAGCCGACGCUUCGUCGGACGACGAAAACCCCUCUGACAUCGAGCAGAAGAUGGCAGAGACCAAAGUCAAAAUGAACGACGCGAUCCUGUCUAACGGCAAGGAGGACAUCUCGCUCCACGGCCGGAAGCUCAAGCAGUACCACAUGAAGCACAAGGAGCUGAAGGAGUCGUCGUGCGUCGUCGUCCUCGGCGGCGGCGCCGCCUCCUCCCCCCUGAAGCAGCAGCAGCAGCAGCUUCCCAACAACAUGAAACAGCAGCCCAAUUCGCUGAAGCUGCUGGCGGCGGCCUCCGACGCCAACAACGACCUGGGAGACAACCGCUACACCUCGGCGACGCAGCAGGUGCCCGAGAGCCCCAUCGUGGACGCCUACGAGAAGGAGUGCCUCGACGUGCCCGAGAAGAUGGUGCGGGAGUUGGAGAACCAGGCCAAGGAGAGUGGCGGCGGCGGGGAGGAGGAGGAGGAGGAGGAGAACGAGGACGGCUCCUCUGGCGGGGCCGACGACUUCAUCCCCUGCAAGAAGGAGAAGAUGGAGAUCAACGAGCACAAGAAGUGCCACACCGGUGGAGGGGUAGGAGGGGGAGGAGGAGAGGCCGGUAACGAGUGCCCCGUGGCGCCUGCCGGUGGUGGUGGGCAGGGACCACAGCAGCUGCAGCAGGGGGGCGUCGAGAAGAGACCGGAAGAGGAGGCGAAAAAGGAGAAUUCGGCACCCGUGCCCACCGAGACGACGGGUAGGUCAGAGAGGCCCAGAUCCGCCCGAGUGACCUUCGGGGGCGUGGAGGAGUUGGUCGUACGCCGACGGGACAGCCCCCAGAGGCGCAGGGACCGAGCUGCCCUCAGGAAGUCCGUCCCACAGGCGGCCUCCUCCGGCCUCUCCGUCAGGGACAGAGCUAAGCUGGGUUCUCCAGACGGUGGGGAAUUCGAUGUGUACACCAUGGAGACAGCGAUGCCCAAAAUCGACUGGGACGCCAUCGAGGCCCACCUCAAAGCCACCAAAGAGGAAGAGAGGAGGCGUCGUAAUGAUCGAGAGGAAAUUCGACGUAAGCUUGCUAUGGGUGUGGAUGACGACCAGUUCAUGGAACGCCCACACCGAAAGCCUUCACUUCACUCUCGCCUUCAGAGUGGCAUGAAUCUUCAGAUAUGUUUUAUGAAUGAGACUGCCAGCGACUGUGAGAGCCAGUGUUCAGACACAGAGAGUACGCAGGAUCGUGAUGUGGAAACAGAUCGCGUGUCCACAACAUCUGUGAACAGCAAGUCAUCGACACCACAGCCAACAAGAACAAGAGCAGCGCAGUCAGAAACUGACAGAGAUGCGCCCGUUGACUUCUUCGCACGCCAAGCGCAGCUUCAGGCAGAGGCUCGAAUGGCACUAGCUCAGGCCAAGGAAAUGGCGCGAAUGCAAAUGGAAAUAGAGAAACAGUCUAAAAAUAAAUCGCCAAUAUCUGAAAUUGUCCGGGAGAGUUUUAAUAAGAUUGGUGUACCAUUCCCUGACAGUAAACGUCGAAUCAGCCGACAAAUUCUCACAGAUAUGAAUGUUGCCCAGCUUCAAGUAAUUGUCAAUGACCUUCACACUCAAAUAGAAAGUUUAAAUGAAGAAUUGGUGACUUACCUCAUGGAACGAGAUGACCUUCACAUGGAACAAGAUUCAAUGUUGGUGGAUAUUGAGGAUCUGACUAAACAUAUUGGUGCAAAGGAAUUAAGUUUACGAGAACCCAUAGAAGGCCAAGACACCCCUAAAAUUACUCCGUUGUCAACGCCGCCUUCAAGAUCUAAAUCCAACUCAAGAUUAAAAAGUAUUGUUAAGAAGUGAUGAUAAGGAUUAAGCAAAAGAGACAGACAUGCAGGGGGUUGAGAUAGUCAUGGUUAGUAUUAUUAGAUUGCUGUCUUUACUUUUAAAGUCUAUUUGAAUUCCUCCCGUGUUAUAUUACAGGGUCUUGAGAGAGAAGUUUUGCAUUUGCAAAUUAUUUUUAUUAUUAUUAUUAUGUAAUCAAUUGACUGACAUAUCAUUUCAGUUGUACGUAUUAUCUCAUUUUAUAUGCAGUAUAUUAUUACUGAAUUAAAACUUCUGUAUACAAGUUCUGUAUGUGUAAAAGAUACACAUACGUGAAUUGACAUUAUAGACUAUUCAUCCAUACAAUUAAGUUAUUGUAAUGGAAAUGCCUCCUGUGAACAAAGUGUAUGAAACUGCAAAUGUAUAGUUGUGAAAAUUCUGUGAAUUCCAUACAGAAGCAGUUUUAUCAUUUGUUUUAACCUAACAUAGAUUAUGAUAAUCAUGAAUUAUUCUGUAGGUUUCUAUGCGGAUGUGAUACUCUGUUUUGUUUGGUAAGUGAAAGUAAAGUGAACGUUUUCUUUGUUCAGGCAAAUUUCAUUUUAAAUACUUAUUUCUUUAAUGUUAUACUAGUAUGUGUGUCAGGUCUGACAAGUUUUUUUUAAAUUCUAGUAACUUCAGUACUUGAGAGAUUCUAUUGUUUGCAUUAGCUAGCAAAUUUAAAUCUGAAUUUGCAUAUUUUUUUUAUAUUUGGUUGAAAAUCCUUUGAAUAGCAGUGUGAUGUUAUCACCCUGAAAGCUUAGUAGUAGUUUCAGACAAAUACAGUACAAUUUUGUUGCACAGAACAAAUCUUGUUUUUGGGUUGAAAGCUCAUUUCAUAUUUUGAUAUACUAUUGUACAGUACUCCACUUUGCAUCGUAGAAUGGACCU